AUGGACUACAAAUACAACAUAUCGUCAUUCUUUUUGCUCGCCUCACUUUCAUUGCUCUUACCUUUUGUCUACUCGGAGCCAUCUUUCUCAUUCAGGACGAAGCCUCUGGUUGGAUCAUCCAGACUUGAGCGGCGUAAUGAUUCCAGCUCGCUAAAAUUCAAUUCUCCCGAAUCGAAGAAUUCUACGUCGACGGCAAAAAUAUUACCUAUGUGGAAUUCGAUGCUGGCCCGAGGACUUAUCCCGGUUUCUAACAAACCGAACGAGACACGAAAGUUAUUCUUCUGGUUUUGGCCGGCUGAAAGUAAAGUCGGGGAGAACGAUUUGACGUUUUGGACUAAUGGAGGUCCCGGCUGCAGCGCACUGGAAGCUUUACUUCAGGAAAACGGGCCGGUGAGUCCUGAUUCAAUCAGAGCGCUCGAGUCGCGGCCGCGAAUGCUGAAUGAGUCACAAUCCAAUUGCUGGUCAUUAAUCCGACAGAUCUCUUGGCGUCUUGGUCAGGCCAGACCUGUCCGAAAUCUAUUCUCAUGGACCAAGGCAUCAUCGAUGUUGUAUAUCGAACAGCCAGUGGGAACGGGUUAUUCACAAGGCAUCGUCGAAGCCCACAACCAAACAGACAUUUCGAGAGAUUUGUUUGGUUUCUUCCAGCAGUGGUUAAAGGUCUUUCCAGAAAUGAAGGACAAAACCUUUUACCUCAGCGGAGAAUCAUAUGCAGGACUUUACGUCCCCUACCUUGCUGAUUACAUCUAUGCACGUCAAUCAGAACUAGCUCUUCAGUUGCGAGGUAUUUUUAUUCUAUCGCCUACGGUCAGUUACCCGGUGGUUUCACGGCAAAUUCCGGCCUGGCCACUAGCACAAAGAUACGAGCCAGUAUUUGCUUUCAAUACUACUUUCAAAGCCCAGUUGAAGAAGCUACAUCACGAAUGUGGAUAUGCGGAUUACAUUUCAAAGUACGACAAAUUUCCACCUCCUGCCGGCCCCUUUGCCAUACCAUCCGUGGGCACUUACAAAUCUGGGACUACCAUUAACCAGACUUGUGCUAUAUGGAACAUGAUGUGGAAAGCUAGUAUGCUCGUCAAUCCAGUGCUCUGGGACGUCCUUUCGGGAGGCGGGCCCGACAGUUCUCAAUUAUGGCCCGGACAAACUGGAGAUCCCGCAUAUUUCAAUCGCACUGAAGUGAAGUCUAUGCUUCAUGUACCUCUCGAUUCAAAAUGGCAGGAAUGUACCGAUAACGACGUGAUGCUUGGUGAUGAUACGUCCCUUCCGGUCACCAUGUCAGUCUUACCGGGGGUGAUCAAGAAAAACAAAAAGACUAUCAUUGCCCACCCAAGGGCAGAUUUCGCCCUCCUGGCACAGGGUACCAGGAUGGCCAUUCAGAAUAUGACUUGGAACGGAGCACAAGGUUUCCAAAAGCCAAUCGAGAAUGAUUUCAUUGUCAAAGGGCAGGGUUCUUUAGGCCAAUGGACCGAGGAGCGUGGGUUGACGUACGCGGAAGUUGAACUAAGUGGACAUAUGUUACCUCAAUACCAGCCUAAGGCAGCGUAUCAAUUGUUUCAAUAUCUACUGGGUCAGGCGGAUUCGCCUUCUGCAUGA